CGCAGUGCGUCUCAUCUUGAGCCUUUCGUUUAUUGCACAGGGCGUGUCCAGUAUGCCAGAUUACGGCUUUCCGGCAUUGAGUUGAAUAUUUUUAUUCUGUCCGAGUCCUGCUUCUCCUUCUUGAUUCCUCGAGAAUCGAAUCGUAACAAGCUUGCACCACAGAAUAAGCGCCUUCUUCUCUCUCUUCUCGUUACUGUGCGAGCAGUGGUCUUCCUUUCGAGAUAUACUGCGCAAAGGUUGAAAGCUAUGAUCAGAUCUCGGCACCAGAGAAAUUUCGCGUCGUAAUUUCCGACAGCCGUUUGUAACUUUCUUUUGGAUGAAGCCAGUAGAAAUUCCAAAACGAGUUCUCACACUGAAGUACGAUGCACAUCCUUUCCCAGAGGUUUUAUCGUUUUCGUCUGUCUGUCUUGUCUCUUUAGAUCCUUUCAUGCAAGUCCCAUCUUAUACCAAGACAGAGUUUUGGUACAAGAAGGGACUGAAAGGCUGGCAGCACGAUAUGAAUCAAAGCCACCUGAGGGGAGGUCUAAUUGAGGGUCAAGGAGGCGCAAGUAAUUAAGUAGCAAUGUUCAAGAGGGUAGCCCGCCCAAUCGACGGUGAAAGAGAGGUCGAGGAGUCCACACUUCACAAUGAAGAAGCUCAGUUGGGGUUGAUGAAACAAGCAUACCUUCUCAUAACACGCGUUCCUAGGAGCUGCUCAUUGCACUUCAUACGCUUCUUGCGAUCGAAAGGCGGGCGACCGUGAGCUCCCAUGCGAUCGAGAUCUAAAAUCUCGACAAGGCUAAGCAGCAGCAGCAGCAGCAGUUCGCUGUUGCUUACGUGUUUACUUGUGGUUAGUUCAUUUGUGUCGAUCUGCACCUGGAGUUAUGUGACUGAGGCCUGCAGGUGAGGAGGUCUCAUGCUGACAAAUCAUCAGAAGGAAAAUACUCGAGCCCGACUUGAAUGCCGGAAGGAUCUGUCGUCCAUAUCGAGAAUAUCGUAUGAGGUGUAAAGACCAGUGUGCCCAAGACUCCGCUCGCACUUGCUCCAUCAAUUCCUUCGAUUCUCGAAGCACAGUACAGAAGGGCACUGUACUGUACGACUGCUGUGGUCCUUUCGCGGCCGUAUCCGUGCUCGCAAGUGCAAAGCGUCCAACGGACGUGUGUCCCAGCCACGUCCCUUCUGCCACGUGGACAGUCCAUGUGUGCUUGUUUUUAUCGAGGCUCAUGGGAUGCCCAGGUAUCGACAAGUGUCGAAGGCUGGUUCCCCUGCUGGUUUUCCUCGGUCAGAAGUUUCGCUGUGGGUAAAAUCCUCGAGAGUGUUUGACUCUGGACGGGGAAGCAAACGUGUCGAAUGAUGGGCUCUUCCCCGCUGGGCACUGACUGGUUUGUGAUCAGGGGCAGGAAUGAACGCUUUUGGAAGCUGUCGUGAACAGCCCAUGCGAGAGAAUAUUCGUGCUUGUUUACAGCAUGGGCGUAACUGCCACAAGUUCCCCCUGGCUACGACCGAAGAUUCGAGAGGCUCAGACCAUCUGAACUAGGACACCGAUCGAAGAGUCGGAGUAAGGCGUGAGAUGAAAUUCUUUAAUCACUUCAGGGCUCCUUUCGACAGAAUGAUGCCCAAGACAUACGGACGGAUGGACAAAAUUGACCCCAAGUGGCAUUCAGCUCUCGACCAGAGAGGAGAGAUGCCUUUCGGGCCAAAUCAGAGUUAACAGAAUUUUGAAUAAAGGCGUAAAAGUAGCAGUUGAGGGUAAAUGGACAAGUAUGCUCCACGGUGUCAAUAUUACUCUCUGGUUAGGGUUUUACUUUGGUCGAAGAGGAAAAUGGUGUAGAAUUUGGUGCAGAGGCACUUUUCGGACAGUGCCACGUUAACGGCUGCAAAUUGUCGACACGAUUCCAGUGGUCGCCUUUGAGAAUUGACGGUGCCAAUUUGGCUGGUUGGUAGGCAUUUUGAGCUUCGGACGGAUGAGGUCGUCGAGAAUUUUCGACCAAUUCGAUGAUGUAUUUCAGAGGUUGCGAAGGUGCAACGACGCCCUUCAGGCGUCGUCGGAAGUAUGGGUCCGGUUGUGGCCCGAGGGGACGAGGAAGUUCUGCUGUGAUUUCACCCCUCACAAUUUAGAACAACCUGGCGGGAGCAUGGCAAGGCAUGAAGUUCCAGCUGCCGCUAAUUUUUUUCCUGGAACGUUUUCGGGGCUCGAAAUUCUGAGGAGAACAGAGUUUCCACGGUACUUUUCAAAUUCAACAACUUCUCUCAGUGACCUGCACUGGAGUGUGCCUACAGAGUUUGCCAGGACCUCAUGCAGGUGCAAUCAGACGUGCUAGAAGAUACUACAAGGCCGUCACCGAUUGCGGAAGGAAGUUUUCUGAGCUCAGUUAGCAGCUGAACGCAAGCAAAAAAGCUAAAUUCUUCUUUCACAGGUUCAGUACGGUUUCAUCUACCACCAAAUUUGUCAACAUGUAUGCCAGUAAUUCUUUCUCCUUAAGCUCCACCAAGACGAGUAAAUCACAACCUUUGAGUUAUCCACAGAAUCUGAGCGGGUUCAUCUCCAAACGGCAUUUCGCUAACCGAAGUGGAUCUUUAGGCAGAAGCCUGAGUACAGCUGAGAAUUCGUUCACCCUAACUAUAUACUCGAAGCUGUCGAUUGUUCGCAGUUUCUGCGGUUCAAGAAAUACUAGAUCAUUGGCUUAUCUUUCAAGUUCUCACUUUGGCAGCUCCUGGCCGAGAAGAUCCAAUUCAUCACGAACUCUUUCAAAAUCCGAGAGGAGAACCUUGACAGUACCCUCAGCAGGAGGCGUCGUGCCUUCAGAGACUCUAUGGAGUCCUCUGGUUACUGGUUUCUUGUUAGAAGGAGAUUUUAUUCCCAAAUUGACCUUCUUAUUGUCUGAUAUCUUUACCGACGUAUCAUCCAACAGUGUGCUUUACUCUUUCACUUUAGUUACCACAAUUUUAGGAAUUUCAGGAGCUUUUUAUGCUCAAGCGUCAAGAGAGAGUGAAGGCAAACGGCAAAAUCUUUUGGAGUCGGACCGAACAUCAGAGUCCGCACGUGCUGAAGGUUUUUCAAAUUGGCUCAACUUGUCACAACCGACGCCCUUCAACAAAUUUGUGGCCGCUCGCUGUCCGUCAUUAGCUCUUCCCUUGGGAGAGCGGAGGUAUAGCAGGAAUGCUGAAUCGGAAUCUGAGCAGGUGAUAGACCCACCUGAGUAUCAACGCCUCUGUUUACAUGCCGAUGACGGAGGAACAGUUGCUUUGGACUGGCCCACACAUCUCGACUUGGAGAAGAACAAGGAGCUGGAGAAUGUUUUAGUCAUCAUCCCCGGAAGCACUGAAGGUAGUGAAGAAGAAGGAAUUUGCAAGUUCACGCGGGUUGCAGAACAGCGAGGCUACUUCCCGAUCGUCUUAAAUCCCAGAGGUUGUGGUGGAUCUCCUCUAACAAGUCCAAGGAUUUUCUCAGCAGCGGAUAGUGAUGAUGUUCGUCUAUUGGCUCAAUAUGUUGCAAAGCGAAGACCAUGGGCAACUAUAAUGGCGAUAGGAUGGGGUUUUGGCGCAAACAUGCUUGCAAAGUAUCUUGGAGAAGAAGCAAAUGCGACUCCCCUCACGGCAGCUGUUUGCAUCGACAAUCCGUUCAGCCUGGAUAAGGAUAUCCAUUCGGCACCACCCUCUCGGUGGAGCAGCUUAGACCGUGCACUGACAAAAGGUCUGAUACAAAUAUUGGACAAUAACAAGAAACUAUUUCAAGGCGAUAGGAAGGGGUUUGAUGUAAGUGGAAGCCUGGCAGCCACAUCUCUUUCUGAGUUCGAGACAGGCAUAUCGAGGGUCGCUCACGGAUAUGAUAGUCUUGAGAAGUUUUAUGAAGAUGUCAGCAGUCAAGCGACGCUGGAGAGGGUUCAGAUUCCUGUACUAUGUAUACAGCAUGUGCAAGACUACUCAGGAAACCAGAUAUCUCUAUCACAAGAGGCGAUUGUGAAAAAUCCCUACGCAACUCUGCUGGUAUAUCCUUCCGAUAUAAAAGACUUUUCGGAAGGACCAGAUUUUCCUGGCACAGCAUCGGAGAGGACCCACGAAACAUCUUUGGAGUGGCUUGCAGCAGUGGAAGUUGCGCUAUUGAAAGGGCGACAUCCUUUAUCGAAUGUUGUGGACCUGACAAUAAGGCCUACAAAGGAGUGGAGUUCUGUUGGAAAUCAAGUAACCUCUACCGCAUCAUCAAUGCCAGUUUCGAAGCCGGCUACCACAAGCACUGUCAAUGCAUCACACAUGGUCGACAGUGAUAUUAUUGAUGUGACUGGCGAUGUUUCUGAUAUGUCGGAGCACUCGGAGGUGCACGAGCAGGAUUCUCUAUCGACGACGCCUGCCGAAGCCAGUAAACUAAAGCCGUAUCGAGACGAUGGGUCCGAAGAAGCAUCUCGGCAAGAUCACGCAGUGAUCGUUCAAAGUUCAGGAGAUGCAAUCAAAAGUCCGGCACAUGAUCCCGCCAAAAGCGAUGAAGAGACAACAAGUGCUGAACUUACAACAACCAGCGAUGUUGCUGAGGGGGAAGAGGCGAAUCCCGAGGAGGUCGAAACAGGCCAGGUGCAGCUAGCUGCAGAGAGUGUUAUGAAAGUUUUAGAUGUCACAAUGCCUGGCACGCUUUCAGCUCAACAAAAACAACAGGUGGUGGAAGCUGUUGGGAGGGGUGAGAGUCUUGUGGGUGCUCUGCAAGAAGCUGUCCCGGAAGAUGUACGUGGGAAGAUAUCUGGUGCUGUCUCAGCAGCCGUUCAAGCCAAAGGUAUCAGCUUGAAGACGGCUGGAUUUGGGGACAAAAUUCCCGCUCCUCAGAUCCCCUCUGGACUAACAGAGAGUCUGAAAGCCAAGCUUGCGGGACUAACUGCUAGACCAGGAGAUUCCAAUGGUGAUCACGGCUUGGCGGAAAGUCAAAGUCCAGAGAAGAGGGGCAGCGACAACGACAAGAAAGUUGACAGUUCGACUCACAGCGACAGCUCAGUGCAUGAAAGUUCGGAAAGCAGUGCGGAGAAGCAAUCUCCUGCGAAGACGGGUUCUGAUGAGAGGAAGAGUAGUGCUGACUCGAAUAAGGAUACGGGGGGACAGGGUGACAACAAGAUGAAUGACGACACGAAGAAGGAUGCUCCUAAGGCUAAUGCUGAUGUUAGCAAGAGCACAGAUGAUAUCAAGAAGGACGGAGCGUCUAACGAGAGUUCCGAAGAUAGUUCUAGACAAGCUCAAGAUACCGUCUCCAACCAUGAUGAGCAGAAGGCUCACAAUAGUGGACAUUCAGAAGACAAAGCUGCUGAAAAGGAAAGCAAUGACUCUUCAACAAACCGACAAGCCACUGCAAACGUAAAGGAAGGCGAUGCAGGAACACAUGCCUCGGGAAACAAAGGGGAAGUGGGAAAUAGCGAUUCGGUGAAUGCAGACUCUUCGAAGGCGUCAGUUCAGGAAGGUGACAAGAAGAUCGAAGAACAACCAGGAGCCGCCACGAGCGAAUCCGAACAGAAGAAAGAUGAGCCGACUAAGCAGGAUUCGAAUUCAUCUGGCCAGAUUUCAGACAUUAAUGAUUCCAAAGGUGAGGCAAGUCCCUCUUCUAAUGAAGGGGCUGAGCAGAAACCACAGAAUGAUGCCCCUGCCACAGAGAAUACUGUCUCUGCUCCUGUUCCACCACAACCUCCAGUUCCUGAUCAGGUUCCUCCAGUUCCUUCGGUUGGCCAAGCUCUGCAGGCCCUGACUGGAUUUGAUGACGCCACUCAAAUGGCAGUUACGAAUGUCUUUGGUGUUGUUGAGAACGUUCUCGACGAGCUCGAAAAGGGUAAGUCGCCCGAGGAGAAAAAUCCUACUCCCAAAGAGAAUGAAGAGCAAGAGGCAAAAAAGUCCCGGUCGAGCGGGAAAACUCAUGAGACUGGUGAUUCUACUACAGUAGCCGAUUUCGAGAAGGAAGACUCUAGUGAUUCUGAGUCAGAUGAUGAGCAUGACAAGGGAGUGGACCAACGAAGAACCAACGAAGUGUCGAAAGACGAACGAGUUGGAACAGCUGUGUCGCAAGGAGGCAGUCAGAGGCCGUUUGGGAGCACAAGAAGCCUGGAUCGUGUUAGGAAUUCAGCAGGUCAAAUAGUACAGACGCAUGGAGUUAGAGGAGGUCCAGAAGUAGAUGGGCAGUCUGAAGAGAACGGCUCACUUGGGCCAUCAGGAAAUGGAUCUUUACAUUCGAACGGCGACGCUCGAAAGUUUGAAGACAAGGUCCCGCAGAAGUAUGUUGGAAGCUCAGAAUUGGGACUGGUGAACAUGGACAAAGCACGGAAUUAUCACAAUGUGAGCGAAUAUGAUGAGCCGCAAUUGGCGCAGCGUUCAAUAUCAGUUCUACAGGAAAGCACAAAUCAGGCUCAAACUUCUCCUGUUGGAGAUCUACGUCACUCGUCAAACGUCUCUGAUGACGGUAAUGAGAGUAGGCUUGACGCAAUGGCUGCCGAGAUCGACCGAGAAGAUGAAGACAAUGCGAAGAAGGUACUGGAGGCAGAUAAAAUUAAACUCGCAAAUAGCAAUGAUACGAACUCCGGCGAGGAAAAACACAAUGUGGUCAAAGAUGUUGUGAUGAAUGCCUUGAAGUUGGAGGUGGUGAGACGAGUUGGAGGUGCUGGAAUGGACGCUCUAGGUUUAGACUUCGAGGCAGAGUUAUCUAAAGUUGCCCACGCAGUUUCAGAAGCUGUGAAGCAAGGUCAAGAAACUAUUCUUGACAUGGCCUCAGACAGGGAAGUGGGAGGGGAAGGAGGUGGAAAGACGGGGAGUCUACAAUCAGACUCUACUGGGAAGCUCGGAGUUUUGAAUGGAAACAACAUAGUUCGAAAUCUUAGCACAGUACUUGGUAGCACAACGACAUUGGGUAGUUUAAUUCCAUUUGGAGUGCUUGUGGGCGUCGUACUCGCAGCUCUCGGUGCUCUAUUUCUCAUAGUCACAGAUGACCACGACGAAGAGAAAAAUGCUGAAUUGACAGGUUCAUCAGAGUCAGAAAAAACGAGUUCAAUUUCAGAGGAGUUGGAUUCUGAAAAAUCUCCGGGCCAUGUGUUGGAGGACCAUUCUGGAGUAAAUCUCAAGCAAGAUUGGACUGAAAACUCGUCGGAGAAAGGUUCAAGCUCAGUGGAAAGAAACGUCGGAGCCGAACAGGGCAUAACCCAGACUGAUUCAGAGCACGACUUGGAAGACGAUAAAGGCCCCGCCAAUGGAAAGCUUAUGGGGGCAAUAACAGCAGCUAUGGGAGCAACCGCGGCUGUAGCAAGCCAGAGUCAGGCGAGUACAGCAGUUCACAGCGAGCAAAGUCACUCAUCUGAAAAUACUGAAUCUGAUGGGAGUGAAGCGCAGGGUUUUCAGGAUUCUGGUGACGGGAAUAGUAAAUCCAGGCUUGUCCCCGAGAUUGCAGAAAAAGCCAUAUCCAUGGUAUCUCCAGUAGUACCGAAGAAAGAAGACGGACAAGUUGAUCAAGAUAGAUUAGUAGCAAUGCUCGCUGAAGUUGGUCAGAGAGGUGGAAUAUUAACGCUUGUUGGAAAGGUUGCUCUCCUUUGGGGUGGUUUGCGUGGUGCGAUGAGUCUUGUUGAUCGUCUCCUUGGUUUUUUACGCAUUAAAGAUCGUCCGCUGCAGCAAAGGCUUCUUGGUUUUCUGGGAAUGGCUCUCUUAUUGUGGACGCCAGUCUUAGUACCUCUGCUCCCCACUUUGCUACAACAGUGGGCUACGAAAUCCCCAAACGGUGUAGCAGAUGCUGCGGCUGGUAUCGGCCUUUAUGGUGCUGUGUUCAUCUUGAUAACCAUAUGGGGCAAGCGCGUCCGUGGUUACGAUCGUCCACUAGUUUCUUACGGACUAGAACUGCUCUCACGCGCUAAGCUACGGUUUGUCGGGAUCGGGCUGGCAAUUGGAGCCAAUCUCGUAACAGCGUAUUAUGGCAUUAACUGGGCGUUGGGUUACGCUCAAAUCAGCUGGGCUUCAAUCGUGGUUGAGAGUCCAUCAUUUCCAGGGCCAGCCGCGACUGCAAUUUUGACAUCCUGGAAGUUCUUUCAACUGAUCGGGCAGUCUCUCUCUAUGGCUCUAAUUGUAGCCCUCGUGGAAGAACUUCUUUUCAGGGCCUGGUUACAAGAAGAAGUUGCUGUGGACUUGGGCUAUCACUGGGGAAUUUUGCUCUCGUCUCUUGUCUUCGCCGUCGUACAUUGGUCUCCGCCAGCAAUGGUGGGUCUGUGGUUUUUGUCCAUUUCCUUGGCGGGCGCUCGUUCAGCAAUGGGUGGCGAUUUAAGUCUGCCUAUUGGAAUACAUGCUGGUAUCGUAGCUGCCUUUUCAGUCGUCAAUCUCGGAGGUUUGGCUCAUUAUCUACCCGCCGCUCCUGCUUGGUUCACGGGGGCUUAUGCUGGAAAUCCUUUAGCAGGCGCUCUAGGUACAUCAAUGGUUGCAGCUUUAGCCAUCUUUCUAUAUCCGAGAAAGCAAGUAUUAUCAUCGGCCGAAGAAGAUGAUUACGGUGAUGAAUCCUAGGAAGGACGAACAAGGCGGACCCGUGUAAAUUGCAGAUUUUGUAGCAGUAGUAAUAGUCGUCUCUCCCUCAAUGAUGGUAAUGCCAUAUUAGCUGGUUUGUAGAAGUUGACUUCUGUGCCUCUGUACAGGAUAUACCCAUAAAAUCAGCAUUCAUCUGACGAUACUAAUGUAGAGGAACUAACCCCUUUGACUGAGGAAGUUUGUCAACGAGGCAUUUUUAGUGCUCUUUGUAUCCCCACAAGUGUAUUUGUGUGGAUCGUUAUAGCUUGUCUAUCGUAGGAGUGCAAUUUUGUAUCAUAUUAUCAAUUUUAAUAAGACAAAUUCGGAUCCAUCUCUGG